AUGACCGACGCUGGCGAGACAUCCAAGGCAAGCCUUCUCUCCCUACCUCCCGAGAUCCUCGACAGCAUCGCAACCUACGCCGCUACAUCCGAUAGCUCCUUCUCCUCCGCCACGCCUUCGGCGCCUUGUAGUUUUCUCUACGACUCAUCGGUUCGCUCCUCUCAUGUCGUUACUCCACCCACCGACCUUCAUGCGCUGCAACUCGUUUGUCGACGCUUACACUCGCUUCUCAGCCUCCAGUCUAACCCUCGUCUCUAUGCAAGAGUGUUCCGAAGCAAGUUCGAUACGGCUGCCAUUGGCCGUCGAUUCGGUAAAACCGCACUAGCCUCUCAUAACCUAGCCAAGGAACUCCAACGACGCUGUACUUUACUCAAGCGGAUGCGACGCUGUGUUCUAUCCGCCGCUUUCCCGCCCGAAGGUGGUAAUUCGCUGGUGGAGGUUGAGGAGUCGGUGACAGAGAUGUUGUGGUUAGCGUAUUUGAUGAUGUUGGAGAAUGAUGGCUUGAAUUAUGAGCAACUUUGUUGGGCACAACUCCACAGCUUUUUGGCGUUGCACCAUGCAGCGUAUAUGUUGGAUGGGGCUGUACAGCCGGGCUAUCCUUCAGAUGCGGUUCAUAAGGCUCUCGCUUUGCAUCUCGUCUAUCUGUUGACUGAUCCGGAACAACUGGCGUACGAACCAAGAAGCGAGGCAGUGGAAAUGCUCUUCGUUUUACGACCUUUCGUAUUUGCUGCGCAUAAAUUCGAUGCCUAUAUGGCUCCCUGGACGCUUCGCAAUCUACCUCAGCCCACCAACAGCAGCAGCAGAAACAGCAACGGCACAUGGCAUGAACCCGCACAAGCAGCAAACGCAACAUCAACAGCCACCAAUCCAUUCCUCGCCGAUCUCACCCCCAAAGAUCGCAGUUGCACAAUCCAACACGUCUGCGGCCCGCUCCGCAUUGCUCCGCCCAUCCUCGCCCAAGGUGCAUGUUUCUCGUUUUUCAUGAAAGUUGAAAAAGAUCCCGCGGUACUAGGUAUGGCCGCUCUCACGGACCCAGACGAGGGUUCAUCAGAAACAACCAUUCGUCAACCAGCUGCAACUCGUUCUCCCCUCUCCCUCACCUCUCUCGAUCACGAUAAAGACGCUACUCGACUGUUAGCCUGUCUCGAUGCACGCCAGUCGCCAGGACUACCGCCAUUGUUCUUCAAAGGCAUGUUCGAAGGUAUUUGGGAAGGCAGGUUUAGCUUUUUCGAUUUCGAUUCUUAUCGAGAAAUGCUUGCUGGUCGUAUGCGUAGUCUCUACGAAGGACCUUUUGGCGAACAGCCGCAAAUCUGGAAAAUUCGCGAGAAGCUUGUCAAACUUGGUCCCGCACAGCUCCAAGGUGGCAAGGGUAGCAUCCUUGCUGCAGGUUAUACUUCUGGGGGUUCGCAUGGACUAGAUGUUGCGACAGGGGUGGGGGAUGGAAAGGGGAAGGGGAGAGCUUACUUGCCGAAUGAUUGGGAGCAAUAUCCGAGAUAUCAGGAUGAAGAUGCAAGUGAGAGAUACGAAAUUCUUCUCUCCGGAACGGGCCAUUCUGCAUGGGGAAGGUUUGUUGUGAGGGGUAGGGUGAGAAGUUGGGAUGGAAUGUUGAUUAUGACAAAGGAGUACAGGCCCGAUGGAAGAGGCAAGUGGUUGUACAGAGGUUACUGUGUUGCUGGUGGAAAACUCGUCGGCAGAUGGAGAGAUACCUUUACACCCGAGAACAUGUAUGGUUAUGAGGGUUGUUUUCUUUUCCAACGAAGAGGUGUUUAA